CAGUCGUGGGAUCACACACCUGUUUCCUGAAACAGGUGACAAGGCGCGCACUGCGGUAGAGGCAACGUGUCCUGGGUCCUGGCACUCCCUGCGGAUUAGUGUACCCGGCCAUGUUCUGCCCAACGCUUGGAUGAGCUGAGGUCGCACCCGGAGACCCAGCCCCUUCACCCAUUUGCCCAGAGCAAGCCCGCCAUUAUCAGGGGUUGAUGGAAGGUUCCGUUGAGGAUGGGGACAUGGCCCCAGACUCCCAGGGCCAUGCCACCGACUGGAGGUUUGCUGUGUGCAGUUUCAGGGAUGCCUGGGAGGAGGAGGAGAAACCUACUCCCCAGAUACAGGUUAAGGACCCCAGUCUUCCACGACCACCAGCAGAGGCAACUCAAGGCACAGGGGUACAGUGCAGUUCCUUGCUCGGGGAGUUUCAAUCACCCUCAGAGCGGAAGGUUGCCGAUGCGUCAGGGAACAGUAAGAGGAGGCCAUUAGGAGGCUCCCAGGUCCAGUCAGAGAAACCAAGCCUCUCUGGAGUGGACAACCGCUUGUCUCCUAUAUCCUCCCACCCCAACCUGGCACACGGUGAGAGUGACAGUCCAGGGGAAGGUUUGGUAGGGAAACUGGGUCCAGGCAGCGUAUUGCCAGAUGGCUUUGGCUCUGAGAGGUUGGACGCCGAUCCUGUGGACCUUGGAGGCCUUGUAUCAGAGAUGUUAUCAAAACUGCUGGAGGAAGACCGCAGUGUAUCCAGCCCCCCCAAGCCUGCUGACUGCCUCCUGGCUCAAGACCUUACCUGGGAGCUACUGGCCAGCGGCAUGGCUACUUUGCCAGGCACUCGGGAUGGAGAAGGCCGAGCAGUGCUGCUUCUGUGCGCUCACAGCCCAACCUGGCUUCACCCCAAGUGCCGCAGUCCUGAACUUCUGAGCCUUUUGCUCUACCUGCGAGGCCUCCCCAGGCCCGAAGUACAAGCCUUGGGACUCACUGUAUUAGUUGAUGCCCGAAUUUGUUCCCCGAGCUCUUCUCUCUUCUGGGGGCUCAGCCAGCUCCAAGAAGCAGCCCCAGGAUCCGUGCAGCAGGUGCUGCUAGUUGGGAAGAUGCCAGAGGAGAUGCCUUUAGGGCUUCAGCUCAAGCAGCUGCCCUCUCUUCAAAGCCUGAUGACUCACAUUCCCACUGAGGGGUUGCCCACUUCACUUGGAGGAUGCUUGCCUUAUUGCCACCAGGCCUGGCUGGAUUUCCGGAUGCGUCUGGAAGCCCUGCUGCGCAGCUGCCAGGUGGUUUGUGCCCUGCUCCAAGGGACCAUUGAAGGUAUGAAGGCUUUGCCUCAGCCCAUGGAUUCUGGAGAAGUUGGUCAGCUGCUACAGCAGGCACGGACCCUUAUGCAGCAUGUAUUAGAUUCACCUCAGUUGGCAUGGCUACAAUGCCAGGGAAGCCUGCAGCUGGCAUGGCUGAAGCAAGAGGUUCCAGAGGUGAACUUGAACCCAGAUUACAGGUUUGCAGUGGACAAGGCUGAUGAGCUGUAUGGCCAAGUGGAUGAGCUGCUGCAUCAGCUGACCCUGCAGAGCAACCAGCGAGUGCAGUCCCUAGAGCUGCUCCAAACGCUGCAUGCCCAGGAGAGUGGGCUGCACCAGAUUGAAGUGUGGCUACAGGAGGUGGGCUGGCCAGCACUGGAAGAGCCUGGAGAGUCUUCACUGGACACACUGCUCCAAGCCCAAGGUUCUUUUCAAGAGCUGGAUCAGGUUGCCCAGGAGCAUGUCAGACAAGGCGAGAAGUUUCUACUGCCACUUGCUAGCUGUGAGGCUAUUGAACUGGGCCUCUCUGGGAAGCGCUUUCUGGCCCUGAGUGCCCAACUGACAGAGUUUUCCAGGGCUUUGGCCCAGCGGCGCCAGCGACUGGCAGAUGCUGAGAAGCUAUUUCAGUUCUUCAAGCAGGCCUCUACAUGGGCUGAAGAGGGGCAGCGGGUAUUGACAGAACUGGAACAGGAAUGCCCAGAGGUUGUGCUGCAACAGCUGCAGUUGCACUGGACUAGUCACCCUGAGUUGCCCCCGACUCUCUUCCGGAAAAUGUGGGCUCUGGCCACAGCCUUGGGUUCAGAGAGCAUCCGCCAGGAGUGUCGCUGGGCCUGGGCACAGUGCCAGGACACCUGGCUGGCCUUAGAACAGAAGCUAGAGGCUGCAUUGAAGCCACCACCAGCAAGCAGCACAACUAGCUUGUGUGUCAGUCGGGCCCCUGCUGCACCCACCCCUCCCCUGAGGAAGGCCUACAGCUUUGACCAGAAUCUGGGACAUCUUGGUGGUCCUGCCCAUCACUGCAACCAUACAGCCACUCUUGCUGAUUUUCAUAAACCAGAGGCUGGAAGAGGUGCCCGGCCCAAGUCAUCUCCUCUUAAGCCUUCACCAGGCAACUCUGACCUCAGGAGCCCAAACAGGCUACAGUUGGUGCUGGCAGAGAUGGUGGCCACAGAGCAGGAGUAUGUCAGGGCUCUUGAAUAUACCAUGGAGAAUUACUUCCCUGAGCUGGAUCGCCCUGAUGUGCCCCAGGGCCUCCGCGGUCAGCGUGUCCACAUCUUUGGCAACCUGGAGAAACUGAGGGACUUCCACUGCCAUUUCUUCCUGCGUGAGCUGGAGGCCUGUACCCAGCACCCACCCCGAGUAGCCUAUGCCUUCCUGCGCCAUAGGGUGCAGUUUGGGAUGUAUGCACUCUACAGCAAGAACAAACCUCGCUCUGAUGCCCUGAUGACUAGCUAUGGACAUGCCUUUUUUAAGGACAAGCAACAAGCACUGGGAGACCACCUGGACUUGGCCUCCUACCUGCUAAAGCCCAUCCAGCGUAUGAGCAAGUAUGCACUAUUGCUGCAGGAGCUGUCAAGAGCCUGUGAGGGCCCAGCACAGGAGCUGAGUGCCCUGCAGGCGGCCCAGAGCCUUGUGCACUUUCAGCUGAGACAUGGCAAUGACCUGCUAGCCAUGGAUGCCAUCCAGGGCUGUGAUGUUAACCUCAAGGAACAGGGGCAGUUGAUACGACAGGAUGAGUUCACAGUACGUGCUGGGCGCCACAAGUCCCUUCGUCGUGUUUUUCUCUUUAAGGAACUUCUGCUCUUUAGCAAGCCUCGCCAUGGGCCCAUGGGUGUUGAUAUAUUUACCUACAAGCAUUCCUUCAAGGUGGCAGACCUUGGCCUCACUGAGUGCUGUGGAGACAGCAAACUACGCUUUGAGAUCUGGUUCCGUCGUCGCAAGGCCAGGGAUACUUUUGUGCUACAGGCCUCCAACUUGGCCACCAAGCAGGCCUGGAUAGCUGACAUCUCCCGCCUGCUCUGGAGGCAGGCUGUCCAUAACAAGGAGGUACGCAUGGCUGAGAUGGCAUCCAUGGGUGUGGGGAACAAGGCCUUCUGGGACAUUGCCCCCAGUGAGGAAGCUAUCAAUGACCGCAGCAUCAACUAUGUCCUAAGGAGCCGAGAAGUUCGUUCUCGGGCCUCCAUUGCUGUAGCCCCACUUGACUAUGACAACCCUUACUUGGGCUCCUUGAGCUCCCUUCCUGGAGACCGUGCCUCUUGUUCUGUUCUGGGGUCUCUCAACCUGCACCUGUACAGAGAUCCAGCUCUUCAGGGUUUUCGCUGGCCCCUAUGUCCACCCAACUUCCCAGAGGAAGCAGCGCUGGAGGCUGAGGCGGAGUUGGGCAGCCAACCCUCUUUGACUCCUGAGGACUCAGAGGUCUCAUCCCAGUGUCCAUCAGCCAGUGGAUCCAGUGGCUCUAACAGCAGCUGUGUGUCAGGGCAGACCCUGAGCAGGGGCCUUGAGGACUUCUCCUGUGUCUGAGCCAAGGCUCGAAGGUCAGCAGUGGAUCCAGCAUCCCAAGGAAUAUCACAUCUCUGGAUCUUCUGUAAUCUGCACAUGGCUGGUACCUGGGCUACAUAGCCCUCACCCCCAACAUGUGCAGUCGUGCUGACUACCCUUUGUGAUAUCUGUGGCUAUCUAGCCUGGGGCCUUUACUAUACAGGGGGGUGUCUAGCUGCAGAGUCUAGAUCAGCACCCUGAUUCCAGAUUCCAUAUCUCAACCCCUUCCAGUAGUCACACCAGUUAUAUGCUUAGGAAAGGCCAGGGCAGAGGAUGGAUAUUUCUGAAUUCUAGGUUGGGUAGGGCUCCAGGCAGCGAGUGGACUGCCACACCUAGCAGUCAAGAAAAUCAGAUGGGUUCCCAGCAGCUUCUCUUCAGUGUCGGCUUUAAUGCUGAGCUCCCCAAAUAUAGGGGUCAUCCUGUCCCUACUGACUUUUAUCCUUAUCUACCCUGGCUUUUCAUGCCUAGCUGCUUGUUUCUUGGGCCAGUUGGGUUAUUUUGACUUGCUUUUUGAACAGCUUUCAAUUAGAUUUGCCUAUGAUUAUAUCAUUAGUCAUUGAAACUUUGUCUCUUAGAAUGAG